AUGGAUAAGCAUAAUUUAUAAGAUAAUGUAGAGUAUGAAACUUCAGAAGAGAUAACAAUUUAUCCAACAUUUGAAUCAAUGUAAUUAAGAGAAGAACUUUUGAGAGGUAUAAAAUAUAAGUAAACAUAGGAAUUUAUGCAUUUGGUUUUAAUAAACCUUCAGCAGUUUAAUAAAGAGCAAUAGUACCGAUUAUCUAAGGAAGAGAUGUUAUUGUAUAGAGUCAGAGUGGUACAGGAAAAACUGCAGUGUUUAGUUUAUCAGCAUUAUCUGCCGUAGAUUUAUCUAUUAGGUAGAAGAUUUUUUGAUAUUCUUUCUAGAGAACCUUAAGUUUUAAUUUUAUCAAAUACAAGGGAAUUGGCAGAACAAAGUGCUAAAGUAGGAAUGGCUUUAGGUGAUUUCCUUAAUGUUUCAAGUAAAAAUAUGUCUUAAAUAUAAUAGUUCAUGCUUGCAUUGGAGGCCAUUCAAUAUAGGAUGAUAUUAGCAAACUAUAACAUGGAGUUUAAAUAGUUUCAGGUACUCCUGGUAGAGUGUUUGAUAUGAUACAAAGAAAAGAGUUACGUGUACGUCAUUUAAAAAUGUUAAUUCUCGAUGAAGCCGAUGAAAUGUUAACAAAAGGAUUCAAAACAUAAGUUUAUGAUAUCUAUAGAUAUUUACCACCUACAACUUAAAAUGUUGUGGUUUCAGCUACUUUACCUUAAGAAAUAUUGGAUAUGACUGAUAAAUUCAUGAAUAAUCCUCUUAAAAUUUUAGUCAAAAGAGAUGAAUUGACAUUAGAAGGAAUUAAACAAUUUUUUAUUUAAGUUGAUAAAGAGGAAUGGAAAUUCGAUACUUUAUGUGAUUUAUAUGAUACUCUAACAAUCACCUAAGCUGUUAUCUUUUGUUCAACUAAAUAAAAGUGUGAAUGGUUGGCAAAUAAAAUGAGAGAAAAUGAAUUCACUGUAGUCUAAAUGCAUGGAAAUAUGAGUUAAAAAGAAAGAGAUAAAAUCAUGGCUGAGUUCAGAUAAGGAAAUAAAAGAGUAUUGAUUGCUACUGAUGUUUGGGGAAGAGGUAUUUUGCAUUUUUAUUAACAUAGGUCUUGAUGUUUAAUAAGUUUCUUUGGUUAUCAAUUAUGAUUUACCUUCCUCCAGAGAAUUGUACAUUCACAGAAUAGGAAGAUCAGGUAGAUUUGGAAGAAAAGGUGUUGCAAUUAAUUUUGUUAAGUAAGAAGAUGUCAGAAUCCUAAGAGAUAUUGAAUAAUAUUAUUCAACCUAAAUCGAUGAGAUGCCUAUGAAUGUUACAGAUUUAUUAUGAAAAUCUAUUUUUAAUUCAAUAUCAUUAUUAUCAAUUAAC